AAGUGAUGGGGAUUGAUCACAGCUGAUCACAGCUUUCUCGAAAAGUCGAAAUACAUAUUGCGGACAUACGUAUACGUACGUAUAGCCUUUUAAAGGACAUCAGUACAAUCGAUUAAUUUAUACACAAGUACUUAAAAUGCCUUAUUUGUUGCGUAUUGAAAUGUUCCAAUUCGUGGAAAACGGGACAUUCAAUGCAUCGCCUACCAAAAAAUAUUGAAAGACAACAACAAUGGCUUUCAAAUAUAAAAAGAAAUAAUAUAGAUGUUACAAAAGACUGGUUUGUAUGCGAGGUACAUUUCUCACCUGAAAUGUGGGAAAAACCACGAAUAGAUGGGAAAAAGAAAUUAAAAUACAAUGCAAUACCUACCAUUUUUCCAUAAAAAAAUCAAAAUCAAAAUGUUGUUUUAUCUCCAGUACAUGACAAUGAAAUGAUGUCUAAUUCUUCCAAUGACAAAGUGCAUAUAACUUUAUCUCCAGUACCAGAUAAUGAAAUGAUCUCUCAUUCUUUUAAUGAUGAAGUACAUACUGCGCCAUCAGUAACUAUAUUUGAAAAUUCGUCAAAUGUCUCAUUGCCAAUAGUUACUGUUACAAGUCUUGAAGAAGCAAAUUCAAAACUCCAAAAUGCACUAUUACAGUCUGAACAGGCAAAAGAAGAAAUAGAACGGAUAAAAAUAAGAGCUAAACAAACAGAGAUAAAAUUGAAGAAAGCAAAUGCGAUAAUUUUAAAAUUAGAUAAAUCAAAAACGCUACUAAAGAGAAACGCAAGAAAACUUAUGGAUGAAAAUAAAAAAUUAGCACAGAAAAUACGUAUAUUACAAACAAGCAAAAAUAUCGACAUCCGCAAAAUAUUGAAUGAUGAUCAGGUUACAGCUCUGAACGAACAAAAUCCACGAAGUUUAAAAUGGAGUAAUAAUACCAUUAUAAAAGCUUUACGACUAAAAAUGUCUUGUGGUAGUACUGGUUACACAGAACUUUUGAAUCAAAACAUUCCUUUGCCAUCAGAGCGUACGCUUAGAAGAAAAUUAGAGAAUAUUAAAUUCGAAACCGGUGUGUGUAAUGAUAUAUUUGAUAUAUUACAACAAGUUUUGCAAUUUACUGACAACCGUGAAAGAGAUUGCGUAUUAGUCAUGGAUGAAAUGAGCAUUGCUGCAGGAGAACAGGUUGAUCCAUCUACGAAAUGUUCUUUUGGACUAUCAACUCUGCCCGAUAAACAUGGUGGCUUAAUACCAAUCGAAAUAGCUGCAUAUGUGUCAGCUUGUGUUUUUAAUGAAGGCUCAAAAGCUUUGUUACAAAUAAUGCAAGCGAUGGGACUUUCUACUGGCCCAAAUGCCCAUGCAUUCGUGGCAGACGAAGACGAGGGACGCGUCGCUAUUGCCGAGCGCCGCGCGCAAGAAAAUACACAAGAGGCCAGAAAGCAUCGUAGACAGAAGAAAAUUGAUGCUUUGGAGGUGGCUUCGGCAGCAGAAGGCUUACUUUAUGGGCCUGAAAUCGAUGAUUCUGUAUAAUCCAGAUUCGAGCAGCAAUGGACACCGCAAAACCAGUUUUUUGAAAGGGCCUUCAGGAGGAUGGUCGUAUCUUUUUUAAUUAUUAAUAUUUUUUAUUUAAAAAAUUAUGUUACAUUCAUAAAAAUAUAUUCUCUCACAUAGACCAACCCAAUUUUAAACAAGUCUUAUAGUUAAUGCAAAAAAAAUUCUCAAAAAUCACCUAUUU